GCCUUGCAGCUCGGGACAAAUUAAAAUGCACACUUAAGUCUGUUACUAAAGACUCAACUAUACCUUACUCUAACAGUUCACAGAGUUCACCUGACUGCAUAACUAAAAAGCCUGAUGCAUGUCUUCAGGCAAUAACCUUGAUUUAAACACUAGAACAGUCUUCCUUUCUCAGCAGUGAUCAUGGGCUAUAAUUGAACUAAGGGGCGUGCAUCACCAAUAUUGUCUGUUAAAAACACUCAGUAGCACAUUUAAGUUAAAUGCCCACAGAUGGUACAGACCCUUUCAACAUGAGGAGGUUUGAUUACGUUAGAGGAUCCUGAAAAAGCUUUAGGAUAUAGCUCAAACAUGUUGUUUUUCACACCUGGAUAAUUACUCUUGUGACCAGCCAGACCUGUCUAUAGCUGUGCCUUCUCCCCAGAGCGUCAAAGUUGUGUCAUUCUCUUGGUUAUGGCUUGCCUUUAUCUUUAUGUAAUGACUGACAUGUUAUAAGCUAAAGAAAUUAUGUUCAUUAGUGCUUAAAAAGCUGGACUCUUUAGUGUUACACAAAGCACUUACACAAAAAUUGUAUAAGUAAAAAAAAACAUGCAACGACAUGUGAAGUAAACUGGAAGAAAAUGCCCCUCCCUCCUCCUAAUACUAUACCUAUAUAUUCACUCCUCCAGUGAGACUGCCAUUAAGACUGUCACUAUCUCCUUUCACACUUUCAGUUGUUACUUUUAAGAAUGGGAAAGGUUCAUGUUAGAGACAACGCUGCAAAAGAAAAGAAAACCGAGUUUAGGUUAGUACGAGUCAAAGACACCUGGAAGCGGAAGCUGGGGAAGAAGGUCAAUAAAAACAAAGUGGACUGUGUCUCUGCUGCAAAAAUCUUUGAAACUUCCACCGUGAAGGACACCACGUGGACAGUGAUCAGCCCCAUUACCUUCACUUACAAGGUAACUGAGACUCGAGGCUUGCUGGACCCGAACAGCGACACCCUGCUGCUGGGGCACAUCACCGACCCACAGCAUCUGGAGGAAAUCAAAGCGUUGAACAAGCCACUCAAGCGCUUCGUGGUCGUUGACCAAGAAGUCUACAAAAUCUAUGGGGCCAAGAUAACAGAGUACCUAGAGUUCCACAAUGUCCUGUACAAGAUCCUGGCUCUGCCCACGACUGAGGAGAACAAGUCGAUGGAAGUGGCCUUGACUAUCCUUGAAGAAGUGAACAACUUCUGCCUCGACCGCCGCACGGAGCCCAUCAUUGCCAUUGGUGGAGGGGUCUGUCUGGACAUCGUGGGCCUGGCUGCCUCUCUCUACAGGAGACGCACCCCUUACAUCAGAGUCCCCACAACGCUGUUGUCCUACAUCGACGCGAGCGUGGGCGCAAAGACGGGGGUCAACUUUGCAAACUGCAAGAAUAAGCUGGGCACCUACAUUCCACCCACCGCUGCUUUCCUCGACCUGUCCUUCAUACAAACUCUUCCCCGACGCCACAUCUGCAAUGGUGUGGCUGAGAUGCUGAAGAUGGCCUUGAUGAAACACAGAGGCCUCUUUGAGCUCCUUGACAAACAUGGCAGAAUGCUCUUGGAAACUAAAUUCCAGGAUGCUGGAAGUAUUUAUGGGCAAAGCAGUUUCCAGGCUGCGUCACGAGCAACUCGCAUAGCCAUCACAACCAUGCUGGAGGAGCUUGCCCCUAACCUCUGGGAAGACGACCUAAACAGGCUUGUGGACUUCGGCCACCUUAUUAGUCCAGCGUUAGAGAUGAAAGUCCUGCCAUCACUGCUGCACGGUGAGGCAGUGAACAUCGACAUGUCGUACAUGGUUUAUGUAGCUCAGGAGUGCGGCCUGUUGUCAGAAGAUGAGAAACAAAGGAUCAUCCGCUGCAUGGUCGGCCUGGAGCUGCCCGUGUGGCAUGAGGAGGUCACCAUGGAGCUCAUACAGAAGUCCCUGCAAGACAGGCUGAAGCACUCUGGGGGCCUGGUUCGAAUGCCGCUGCCUGUGGGUCUUGGUCAAGCAGAAAUCUUUAAUACCACAUCUUACGAGAUCCUGCACAGAGCUCAUGAGAAGUGGUGUGGGGAGCUGAGCAUGUCUUCUCACAGCAGCUGUGACCCUUAACUGUAUCAGUUGAACUUUAGAGAAUAUUUUUCAUUUUGAAGGGAAUUGUGUGUUGUAUAUUUUAGUUGUUUAUAAUGUUGGGAAGAAUAGUACUGACUUAUAUUACUGUGUAUUAUGGCAACAAAAUCUAAAUGAUUUGUCUAAAAAUUUCAAUAGGUUGGAAAUUUUUUCAUAUCACAAACAUAUUUACAUACAUUUUUGUUAACAGUUCAAAACAAGUGGUUUUAUAAUUGUCACCAAAUGAUUCAUCAGCUUUCUAACUGUUUGCUACUUGACUGUGAACAUACAGUAUAAGCUUCAAUAAAUGUUUUUGUGUUUAUGAAAGAGUGUGCAUGUAAUGAGUAAAGAGCCCUGCCCUCAAAUGGAAUUUUUGGCUAAGCUUAAGGUUAUAAAGUCAAAUUAGGUCAGAUUAGAUUUGUGCGUGCGUAAUCACACGUGUGAUCACACCCGUGUAAAACCAACCUUUGCGUGCAUAAACCCAUCUGUGCAUGUGUAACCAGAUGUGUGCAUGAGUAACCAGAUUUGUACUUGCUUGCAUAUCAAAUCAGGACAUUAAAAUUACGCACAAAUCGUGGCAAAAUUUGUUAUUAUAAAUUUGGCUGCAUUAUAACAUAGCAUGGCAUUGCUACUGUAAUAGCCUGUCGGCUAACAUGCUAAAUUAAUGUCUAAUCAAAACACCAGUUUAACGUUUGCAUAACUGCAUCACCUCCACAAAUCACAAGAGUAACGUCAAACUUCAUACACAUGAAUAUGAGCUGUCAUGUCUGUCUUAUCAUUAAACAUAAUUAAAGUCGUCAGUCAGUGGACUAGCUUGUUGCUGCUUGUGGAGCUUUCAGGAUCUGCUGUGCCACUACUGUACAAAGGACUGUGACAACUUCCUUGUUCAUUAGCUAAUCAGAGUGUGGAGGCAAAUUAAGGUCUUUUACUUGUAAAUUUAGUCACAAUUCGUGCGUAAUUUUAACACACCAAAUUAUAAGUGUAAGCAUGUUAUAGAACCACUAAGUCUACAAAUCUGUUUACGUACGGGUUUACGCACGCACAAAUGAAAACUGACCCUAAUUUGACUCCAUAUAAGGUUAAUGAAACACACAUUAUGAAUGUAAGAUUUGUCUGUCAACAGUCACAGAACGUUAUUGCACAAGUUUGUUCUAAAUACAGUACGACCAACAAUGUCAAGGUUUAUAUAUAUUAUAGUAGCACUAAUGAAUUUCAAGUUUAAAAAUAUGUUGUCAAAAUAUAUUACAAUAUAGUGCCAUCGUGUGGUGCAAAAAGAGCUUUAAGCUAACAUCUCUAAUACCUUCAUGUACUGACAAGCAGCUAAUUGAUAAUAGUAAAUCAGUAUUUAUAGUGUAACACUUCCUGCUUCCUCUCUUGUAAUCAUGUCAAUGGCUUACACCUGUGGCCAUAGGAACUUUCUCUACACACCUUAGUCAUAGGUUUGUUCCUGUGUUACUUUUACCUGUUAGUCUUUUUCCUGCUGCCACUUGGAUGUGUUGCUGUGCUGUUGCUUACUGUAUCUGUGUGCUUACCUUUAUUUCAGGCCUGUUUGUGCUGUAGCUGCAUGUUACUACAGUAGGUUUGUUCGUUCUUAGUGUGUUGCUCGUUGCUAUCCUGGUUCUUUAGUUAAUGCUUUGUAUCCACUGUAUUACUAGUUGUUACAGUAGGGUUUGAGUUUUUUUUUUUUUUGAGUGGUUCUUGUUGUUGUUGUUGUUGUUACAGUAGUUUAUAUUUUUCUGUACUUUUGCUGUUAGCCCCUCUUGCGUUUGUAUACUUGUCUUUAGUUUAUUUAAAGGUUUUACUCAUUAUUCUUGUUGGUUGUGCAUCUGGAUCCUCCAUCUUGUUUUUCUACAAUAUGGGUACAAUACUGUAUGUCCUUGCCAGUGCUCACACGCACCAAUUUAUUGACACAACCGCAGCAUUAAAGCCAUCAUGGCCAUCAUAUACUGUAGUACUGACUACUGCAGAGCAGAAACACCACUUCCGGUACCUUCUUGAAAAUGCUUUAGCCCAGUCAUCAUGUUUCAACUGUCAACUUGUUACAAUGCUUAAUCCUAGAUGUAAUGAUACAAUGUGCUGUGAAUAAAAAUAUAGAAGAACAAUUUAAACUUUGUACUGGGCACCCCCAGAUUUUUACUCUUUAUUUACGUGUGCUACGUGUGCUAGUGCUAUUGAUUGUUUAUUCAACUAAUAAGAGCUUCCUUUCUACAUCUUGGGCUUCAAUUGUCAUGCUCAAAUGUAAUACUCACAACAACAACAACCUUUAGGCUUUUUUAGUGCUUGUGAGAAUACUUGACAUAUAGUGAUCCGUCAUGUGUAGCUCUCUAAAAUUGGGGUAGGUGGAUAAAAAUGACUGUAUACAGGCCAAAAUGCCAAAAAAGUAAUUAUUAUUGUGUACAAAAAUUGAGUAGAAAUUUCUUCUGCUACACAGUCUCAUAAGUCUGAACCUGCACAUUAAAUGAUAGAUAACUAUUGAGAAUGAUAUACCAGUUUAUACGUUGUAUUAUUUACA